CGGUUUAUACUUUAUAGUUUUAGUAUCGUCUCGUCAUCGGCACGAACAAAACCAUCAUUACGAAACGCGGAGGCCGAAUUAAAUUGCGCGCGUACGAAAUUUCGAAAUCGACAAAAAAUAAAUAAAAUGUGACCGAACCGAUCCGAUCCGUCGGCCGUAAUUUUUUAUUUUAUUUCGCAAUUACUGAUGCCCGAGGAAUUCCACAACGCAAAAUGAGCGAGGGUUAUUAUUUUAAUUUAAUUUCGGCUGUGAUGUGCUUCGUUUUAUUGCAAAGUAUCCCGAACGCGGAGGCGACGAUAAGAUGCUACAAAUGCUUGGCCACAUUACCGACGUUUUACACCAACGAAACCAUCCGGCUGUGCAAAGACUUCGAUUACUCGGACAAAUUCAUCGUGGACUGUCCGUAUUCGACAUACUGCACGAAGAAAUUCACCACCGCCAACAUUCCCACCACGAUAAACGGCACGGAGCGGGACUGCGCCAGCCAGAAGCAGGUCAUACAAAACUACAAGAACGGCCGAUGGCAACAGGAGGUGGAAAUCGAGGAGCCCUACCAGCCCGGUUGUCACAAAGUCGACGACAAAGGCACCAGGACCUCCACCAUCGAGAAUUGCUAUUGCAAUUACGAUUUGUGCAAUUCCGCAACGACCGCGACCACCGGAUUCCUCACCGCAUUAUUUACGACUGUGAUAGUUUAUGCUAUUGUAUAAUCGUUGAAAGAUUCACCUCAUGUUUUCAUACUAGUCAAUAAAAUCGCAUAAGUUCGAAUAAGCUAAUGGAGAGUACAUUUUUUUUAAUUUUUUCCGUUUCCUAUUCCAAUACGUCACUUGUCAUUAGUCAUUAACCAAUCACAUUUA